UUGAUUUUUCAUGGGUUAAAAGGGCUUGUUACAAUUAAGUAGUAAAGGCAACUUUUUAACGGAAUGGAUGAAUAUAUUCGAUUAUCAAAUAUACAAGCAAACUUCAAAAAAAUUUGCAGAACAUGUUUAUUAGAAAAAGAUAACUCUCGAGCAAUUUUUUGUGUUUUAGACUUACUAAAGGAAUGUACUUCACUACAAAUUGACAUGGAGGAUGAUUUACCAAAAUUAAUUUGCGUUGAAUGUAUUAACAAACUAAAUACUGCGUUUGAAUUUAGAAAACAAUGUGAUGUGUCCCAAAAAAUUUUGCUACAAUUAAAAGAAUUUGGAGUAACACCUGUCAAACUUGAAAGUGACGCAAAUGAAAUCGACAUUAAAUCCGAGGAUUCUUAUAAUGUAAACGACGAUAAUUUCGAUACAUGUGAUAUUAAGCCGUUUAGUAAUGUAGAUGGCUUUAGUGAAACUACCACAAGCGAUGAUAAAAGUAUUUUGGAUUCUACCAAGAAAAAAAAUAAUAACUUAGAAAGUACAAAGACUAAAACUGGAAAGAAUAGUUUACCAAGCGAUGUCAAAAAGAAACCUUCAAAAAAGAAACUAAAGACAGAAAAUAGUGAUUUAAUUAAUGACGAUGACGAUUGGGAUGACAUUCCUAAAAUUAAAAAAACUAAAGGUAAAGGUGUCAAAAAUGCUAAAGGUACUAAAAAACCUACAAAACAGAAGGUAAAGAAGAAAGUGGAAGUGAAAGAGGAGGAAAAAAAAGUUGAUGAUAAUCCUGAAAGUGGAUUCCCAUGUCCCAAAUGUAAAAAAUGUUUUGAAUUGGAAGUAGAUUUAGGAAUUCAUAUGCUGAUACAUCAAAAGUAUGAAUAUUUUAUUUGUCCUAAAUGCUCAAAGUCGUUCCGAUCUGAGAAGAGUUUGAAACAACAUUUCAAUUCACACAUGAUUAACAAACCCUAUAAAUGCACUGUUUGUGAACAACGUUUUGCAAUGUCAGUUGAUCGAAAUCGGCAUGUUUUACGGAUUCAUACAGGUGAAACACCGUUUGUCUGUUCUACAUGCGGUAAACGUUUUGCUGAUUCAAGUAAACUGUCUCGUCAUAUGAAAUAUCAUCUAAUGAUUAAAAAUUUCGUGUGUACAGUUUGCACUAAGUCAUUUAUGACUUCAUCAGAGCUUCGAAUUCAUAUGCGCCAACAUACUGGUGAAAAACCUUAUUUAUGCACAGAAUGUGGAACAGGUUUUAGUCAUUCGGAUGGCUUAAAAAGACAUAAACUAAAACAUACAGGAGAACGUCCGUUUCCAUGUACAGAAUGUGAUAAGAGAUUUCUUUCGAAUACAAAUUUAAAAUCUCAUAUGCUUUCUCAUACAGGCGAGAAGCCAUUUGUGUGUGAAAUAUGUGAUAUGGGUUUUAAUAGAAAACAUAAUAUGAUUAUACACGUCCGAACCCAUACUGGCGAAAGACCGUAUAGUUGCGAUAUUUGUGAGAAGACUUUUAUAUCUAAUAAGAAUAUAGCAGCCCACAAACGAACGCACCAUAAAGAAAAAGAGGAAAAAAUACCAGUUUACUUGGGAUAUAAUAAAUUAACAUAUUAAACCAACAAACCGAGUUAUAUUAACGAAUUCAAAUGUUUGAUAAUAAUUAAUAUUACGUUCGUAUUAUUAUUUUGUUUGUUUUAUCUAUGGAAUGUAGAGAGAUAAGGAAUACAAUCUCUGUGUUAUAAAAGUGACCCUAAAAUUACAUUAAAUUCAGAUGGCAUUGGUGUCAAGCAAGACAUCAUAGUCAUAGGAAAAGUAGAGACGGAGUAUAAAGUUGUACAAUACAUUUUUAGAAUACUCUCCCACUUUCUGGAUUAAUUACACUCCAUCCCUUCUUCCCCUUUGUCCAUGAUAUACAUAUUCUACGCUACACUAGCGCCAUUAUAGCCCUUUUAUUUAAUGCUAUUUUGUGGACACUUUUUGAUUCAAAUAGCCAUAUGAGAUUGUUCGAAAUUCGAGAUGUUGAGAUUCCAUAGUUUUAUCAUUAAUUUUUGAAUGUAUGUAUUUGU